AUGCGGCCGCUCCCGCUCGUUCUUCUGCUUUCGCUGCAAGGAUACGGGCUGCUUGGCAGCGGCGAGGCGCGCAACGCCGCCGUGCGCGCUGCCGAAAAGGAGUUUAGGCACUGCGCUGCCGCUGCAAAGGAGGAGGGUGGGAGGGCGCUGCGGGCCUUGCGCGAGGCGGACGCGGCGAGGAGACUCGCCGAGACGGCGCGGCUAACGGCGGAGGACGCGGCGACUCUGGCGGCGGAGGAGGGCUCCGAGCCGGCCAAGAGGCUCGCAGACGCGGCGAGGCUGGCGGCGGAGGAGUCGGCCAAGCUGGCGGCAGAGGCGGAGCGCCUCGCGGCCGGGGCAGCGGCGAGGCGUGGCUCCGCCUCGACGCAGCCGAAGGCGGCAAAGGAGGCGUGGUCGGCGUUUGUGCGGCAGGCGACGCAGGGGAGCGCCGAGGCGCGCGCAGAGAGGGCUGCACGGCUCGCCAAGCUGGCUCUCGAGGCCGGGGGAGAUGCCGCCGUCGGGGGGCGCAGAGGCGCUUGCGGCCGCGCCGAGCAGCGAGGGCGCAGGGCGGCGGAGACACCGACUCCGUCGGCGGCGGCGGCGAGGACGCGGGCGACCUCGCAGACCAACCGCGGCGAGGACGCGCAGACCGAGGUCUGCCCCAUGUGCGGGAGUGGCAUGGGGAUGGCGACCAACCACGGCCACCUCCCCCUCUGGCUGUGUCAGAAGUGCGGGUACUCGAAGCGGCACUCUGAACGACCGAGCUGGCGGGUGAGCUGA